AUGCUUAGUCGACAGCAAAAACGCGGUAGACCCCCUUCUGUACCGCAGCAGUCGGCACAGAAGAAGCCAAAGUUAGAUGAAGAUGAGAGUUUGGUCUCAAAGAAGUUUCAGGAAGAUGUGGGCUCCACGGGGCAGAUUCAGUCAUCCGGUCAAGAGGAAGUGCGCGAUCCUCACACAUCUAUGGAGGGUAUUAUGCGGAACACGGAUGACAGUGACGCCGACAGCGAUCAUGACUCCCACUCCAGCCAGGCCUCUCAGCCCGAAUGGUUCAAGUAUCUGGAGGCCAAGAUCGAGGAAACUGAGAACCAAUUGAGCUUCUCCAAGUCUCUCAAGAAGUUAAGGCGCUGGUGGCUCUCUGGGAGGCCCAGCUCGUACCGUGAGAAGGCCCUCGGCGCAAUAGACAAGGCGCUGUUUGUGGCAGCAUGGAUUGUGCAGGGGGCGAUGUGGUCCAAGGAGACUGAGUGGCAGCUCUACUCGCUCUGUUUGGAUCCUAAGAAGCUCAUCAUGCCAAGCGGCGAGGAUAUUUUCAUCGAUGUGGCCACGGCAGAGAUCCAGAUGUCGGCGAUUGAGGAUCAGAUCCUCGACAAAAAGUUACGUGCCAUGUGGCCCAUGCCAAUCGAGUAUGAUGAUAUUAGUGACAGCAACUAG